AGGGUUGCCUAGCAUUGUGGGGUUCUGCCGGAGGUGAUCGAGGAUGUGAGUGCCCCGGCCGGCGGCGGCCAGCGGAGAAUGUUCUCCCUCCUGGGCGCAACGACCCUGGUGCUGGUUGCUGGAGCGCCGUGGGCUUUGCCCGCAGCCCCAGGGGGAACAGAUCUAAAAUCUCCUCAAAAUGUAGAGGUCCACAUCAUUGAUGAUACCUUCACCCUGACGUGGGACGAGAGCAAUCCAGCUGUCGAGAACGUGACUUUUUCAGCAGAUUAUCAAGUGCCCAGAAACGAUACUUGGUUAAAAUUGCCUGGGUGUCAGUCUAUUAUUAGUACCAAAUGCGACUUUUCUUCACUCAAGGUAAAUAUUUAUGAAAAACUUAAAUUGCGUAUAAGAGCAGAAAAAGGAAAUGAGACUUCUCCAUGGCAUAAUGUUGAUGCCUUCACCCCAUUUGGAAAAGCUCAAAUUGGUCCUCCAAACGUACAUUUAGAAGCCGAAGAUAAGGCAAUAAAAAUAAACAUCUCCCCACCUGGAGCCAAAGAUGGUGUCAUGUGGGCUCUGGAUAGUUCAAGUUUUACAUACAGCUUAGAUAUCUGGAAAAACUCUUCAGGUGCAGAAGUAAGGACUAAAACUGUUUACCCCAGAGAUAAAAUUUAUCAGCUCUCACCAGAGACUACCUAUUGCGUAAAAGUUAGAGCAAGACUUUUGCCGAGAAAAAUUGGUGCCUAUAGUCCAGUGUAUUGUAUAAAGACCACAGUGGAAAAUAAACUGCCUCCACCAGAAAACAUUCGAAUUGAUGCUAAAAAUGACAUCUAUGUUCUUAAGUGGGAUUACGCGUAUGAAAACAUGACUUUUCAAGCUCAGUGGCUCCAUGCCUAUUUUAGGAAGAUUCCUGGGAGCCAUGAAGGUAAAUGGAAACUACUAUCAGACUGUGCAAAUGUCAAAACUACCCAUUGUGUCAUUCCUCAAAGUACUUUCCAAAAGGGAAUUUACCUUAUCCGUGUUCAAGCAUCUGAUGGAAAUACCACAUCUGUUUGGUCUAAAGAAAAAAGAUUUGAUCCUCAGUUACAAAGUAUCCUGGUUCCUCCAACCAUUAACAUGAAAUCCACUAACGACGUUUCCCUGCGGGUCUAUAUCAGCACUCCAGAAGAGUCUGAAAACAAGUCUUUGAACCAGCUUUACUCAAUAAUUUAUGAAAUUGUAUUUUGGGAAAACACUUCAAAUGCUGAGAAAAAAACUCUAGAGAAAAGAACAGACUUUACUUUUCCUAACUUGAAACCACUGACUGUAUAUUGUAUCAAAGCCAGAGCACUUGCUGCAGACGAAAGGUGGAAUAAAAGCAGCGUUUUUAGUGAUCCUGUGUGUGAGAAAACAAAAUCAGGAAAUACUUCCAAAACGUGGCUCAUAGCUGGGAUUUGUGUUGCAUUAUUGUCCAUCCCGGUUGUCAGUUACGUUCUGAAGCUUCUCCUGCGAUGUAUCCGUUACGUGUUCUUUCCAUCAAGUAAACCUCCUUCCACAAUACACGAGUACUUCUCUGAGCCACCACUCCGGAACCUCCUCCUCUUCACUUCCGAAGAACAAACUGAAAGGUGUUUUAUAAUCGAAAAUACGAACAUUCUCACUGCAGUAAAGGAACCCGACCAAGCUGGUGAAGAUCACAAAAAAUACAAUUCCCAAACCAGUCAGGAUUCGGGAAAUUAUUCGAACGAAGACGAAAGCAAUGGCAGCAAAUGCAGCGAAGACUUCCCGCACCAGGAAGCCGAGUGACCAGGAGGAAGCUCUGAAAUGUCCAGGAUUGCGUGGGGGCCUGAGCCGCUCCGCUCGGUCCGUCCGCUCAGGCUGCCUGGGGCAGGAAGACCUCUCCAGGUCUCGGGUCCUAGAACACUGGCAAGCCCUUGACCGAGUGGUAUUUGCACAUGGAAGAACACAGCCUGGGACGCAAGUUUUCCGAAUUUUCUCCCACGCGCGCAGCAAAAGGCCUGUUGCUGGGCCUGUCUUUGGUGCAGUGGGUGAAAUCAGAAGAUUCUCCUCAUCUUUCUAAGGACGCCUCCAGCACCACCGUGCAAACUGCUUCGUGGCAAAGGGUGGUUCGCUGUGUUCCCGACAGGUGACACUGUCACUGUGCUGCCUGUGGCUGCGCAUGUCACCCAUUUGUCCUCCAUUCCCAGCAUGAUAGUUCGGGAUUUUUCAGGACAUAUUUAGACACUUUUUUAGGUGCUUAGGAAAUUUCUUUAGAAAAGCUGGGUUCUGUUCCCACUGGCUUUCCGGAAAACAGCAUACUCUAGAAGAUAUCUAUAGGUGCCAGGAACAGGAUCCAUAAGAUUUUCAAGGGACCCUGUCCAUGUAUCCCCCAAACCCUGGCUCUGCAUCACCAUUACCUCUCCCUUCUGUGGUUGAGGCUUUAAAACACGUAACCGUUUAGUAGACAUUAACACUUCCUGAUUCAGAACUUAAUUCGCAGCUUAGCAGAGCAGUCGCUUCUGAAUUUGCAGUCCCUGAAGUUACAGAGAAAGGGCAGACUGUCUGAUCAGAGACGUUAUGAUUUUUUGAACAGAAGGAAGUAUGCAGAGCUUAGCCAGCGUCCUCAGGAAGCCUUGGGACCAGAAAAUGCUACUAACAGAGUAAGAAGUAGAAAACAACUCAGUAAGAGGAAAGCAGGUGGCAUUAGUGAAAAAUAGGAGUAAAAGUGUCUAAUCAACUUUUCAUUAUUAAUGUGCCGUGUGGUUGCUUGCUAAGGCUUAUUGUCUUUUUUUUCUUUCUUUCUUUCUCAGUUUUAUUGAGAUAUAAUUGACCUGUCCCUUAUCUGUGUCGUGUUUCAAACUGGGCCAGCUUCUCUGGGCCGUGUAGCUGUAUUCAGGCACCCCUUCCAUUUCGCUCGCAUGUGCUUAAGAACAGGAAAAUGUAUUAUCAAGGGGAGGAAGAAAAUGUAACUGGAAGGGAAACCCAAUUUUAAGAAUUCUUUAUCUUUCAAAGGCCACGUAGAGUUUAUAUUUAAGGUGUUCACGGAGAUCCUUAGUUAGGAAGGAAGUCUGGGAAUUUUGGUGGCCCCUGAAGGGAGAAGAAAGGGAGCGACACGGUGCCCUGGGAUGUCCGUAACCUAAGGCCAGUGUCAUUUACGCAGAGGUCCCCACGGGGGUGACAGGUUCCUCUGUAGGGAAGGCCCUACAGCUGCACACCACGCGCUCACCAGGACCUGCUGUCCAGGCUGCCGGCAGAGCGCCGUGGGGAUCGGGGAUGCCCAGGAGCCCCUCCGAGACACAGGCCUGUGCUGUUCGGGUCCCUGAGGUGACCCGAACACAUUCGCCUCUUGAUCUUUCUGUCCAGAUUCUGUCUUGAUCUUUCUGUUUCCUUGCAGGCAGAUCUUCUGGGUCGGGCCGCCCCCCGCCCCCUCCACCCCUCCCCAUGGCUUUCAUGUCGAGCUGACGCCACCAACACCCAGGCCCUAAAUUGACCUCAGGAACAAAGCUGCUUUACACUGGAUGUAACCUAAGAAUUUAUGCAAAAGAUUUGUAUCAUCGCAGCCAGAAAUCGUUAUUGUAAGUUAAUGUACCUUGUGAACAGUGACAUGGGCCUGUAAACGCAUACCUGCAUGUUUAUACCUACCCUUGGGCUCACAUAUGACGUGGGCCGUAUGCCAUUAUUAGGGCAGCCAUAAAGUACUUACUAGUCUAGAUUCUAAUUCAAAAGUUAGAAACGCUACUCAGAACUAGGAGUUUUAGAAACUGACCAGAAAUGUAGAACCGGCGAAGUUAUGUUUUAAAUAGAAUUUGCCGUCUGUGUGCAUUUCCCCAGCCUGUGACCUUUAAAGCGGCCCCAGAUUGCUCUGAAGAAUUCUGAGUGUACAAAAACUUUCCUUCCUCCCCGCUCCUUCCUGUGACUCCCUGACGUGUUACAUAUUUGUUUUUCGUGUGGUAUCUGUCUGCACCC